UACGCUUCGUUGCGGUGCUCCAGCUUGUUUGACGCGCAUGAAAUACGAUAACGGUUGCGGCGCUACGAAUUCGGUUUUAAUACCACAGUGCUUUUCCAUAUUGUUGCAGUGUAUUGAUAAUGGCGAGUGCUCCGUCGAAAGAAAAGAAUCUGCGACAUGUGUUUCUGUGCGAUGUCAAAUGCAGUAAAAUCCAGCUAAAUAUUUCUCGAAAAAAUUUCGUAUAAUUUUAAAAGUGCGCCACAUAUGCCGGUCAUAUGUUAAUAAAUAUAUAAUUUUCCAAGUGUUUGCAGCUUUUAGAAUUAUAAAAUUUGUCAUAAAAACCCAACAGCUGUGUUUGUGUCUGUAACAAUCUGUCAUACCUACAACUGCUGUGUGCUAUUGUCAUUUGUCAUUCAACGCAAAACAUUUUGCUUUCGAGCUGCGACAAUUUGAAAAGGAAAAUCAAAAGCUACAAGUGUAGUGGAUUAUUGAAAGAGAUGAUUUACUAGCGUCACCAACGCCGUAACAACUGACCGCGGACAGGACUUGUGAACGGACGCUGACAGCGACCACUGCAAAAGAAAUUCCAUUGGACGAACAUUCACGACCAGCCAAUUCCAAAGGCUCUUCUGCAUAAACCUCUCGAAAAGAACAAUGAACUACCCCAAUGUUGUCCUUGAUUCGUGUGUAGCAACUGUGUGAAGUGGAACCAGGCAAUUGGAUGAAUUUUUCUACGCUUUGACGCGUCUGCCGCAUCGCUGCGCUGGAGAAUAGCAGUCACAUACUCGCAACGAGUGCACAAGCCACGUCACAAACUCGAAAUAAAAAACAACACAAAUUCCUAGCGUGGGAUGUCAGAAAAAUUGCGUCCGUCGAAAUUAACAAGCGGAAAUGUACAUGGGCAAGCAAAAGUAGUAAGAGAAGCAGCAACAACAACAAAAACAAUAACGACCACGACAACCAGACCCAAAACGGGCAAAGCAUUAGCAGCUGAGUUACAGAAAAUGGCCAGCAGCCAUUCCAACAGCUGCGGCAGUACCACCACCACCACCAAUACAGUGCCACAUAUUGGCGCACCCACUUUGAUAUCGACUACAUUGCAGCAAUUACCGCAUCCAACGACGACACCCACAACACCCACCCUGCAAUCGCUAAGCGGAGGUGGUGGUCGAGUAGGCAGUGAUGCGGAUGCAGCCAACUUCCAUACAUCGAAUGCCGCCACGGGCAGUGAUACCGAGUCCUCGUCGGAUUAUAAUGCUGGUGGAGCUGCAGUUAGCGCGGGUGGCGCUGGUACACAAUUAAACUUUCAUUUGUUGCCGGAUGGGGGCGCCGCUGGCAUUACUGGCGAUAGUAAUUCAAUAAUGAACUCAUCACAAAUAUCUGGCAACUCCAAUGAGUCGAUGCAGUUGUCGAGUAGUCCAGCUGGUGGCGCUGGCGCUGUGGCAAGUAUUGCCGGCAAGGCGGGCGGCGGUGGCAAACAUUUGGCCGCACACAGUGUGGCAGGGAAAUCCUGUCGUUUUCCUAAGCUCGAAGAAUGCGCACACUUUCACUAUGAACGUGUGCAGUUGGGCGCAUUUUCGGUGCGUCUGAUGGACGAUAAAUCCGAGCUACUCAACAGCAGCAUAGCAUCACAAUCGAUCGGUGGCGAUAUUGCCAGCAGUCAAUUGGUGGGGCAGGCGCUUAACAGCAGUGCCACCGGCGGCCCAGCAUCGUAUCGUUCCUUCUCGCCAGCGAAUUGUUGGUUCAUCAUUAAAGUUUUCCCGCACAACUGUGAUCCGUUUCUAGUGAAACGUUCCUUUGACAACAUGCAAAUGUUGGACGAAAUGUUGCAUCGUUGCGUCUACGAUCGCAAAAUAAGCGGUUUGAAGAAUCUGGAAGAAAUGGAUUUCAAAAGUGAGGAAGACGUCGAAUAUGCUGUGGCUAAGUAUCUCGAGCGCUUCUCAAAGAUCGCCUCCGAUUCGCUAACCUGCGGCACUAUACUCACCUGGCUGCAGCUGGACAAUAAGGGGCGGCGCUUGCCGCUAGCCGAUGGCGAUACAAUGCGCACGAUCAAUACACCCGCUGUGGGCGCUGCCUAUGGCGUGCGUCGUUAUCAAGCGCAGGCAUCUGAUGAAAUUUCGAUCGAAGUGGGCGACAUGAUAUCCGUUAUUGAUAUGCCCAGUCCGGCUGAGUCGAUCUGGUGGCGCGGCAAGAAGUCACAUUUGCAAAAAUCUCAAUAUGAAGUUGGAUUCUUUCCGCAGUCGUGUGUGGCCACCAUCGGUGAUAAGGUGCCACGGCAUUUUCCGCUGCCUGCGCCAUUGGUCGGUCAGCUGGAUGUUUCGCCGACUAAGCCAGUGCUGCGUAAACACGGCAAACUGAUUGCUUUCUUUCGUUCAUUUAUACUGUCACGCCCAUCGCGGCGACGCCUCAAGCAGAGUGGUAUCUAUCGUGAGCGCGUAUUCUCCUGCGAUCUGUCGGAGCAUUUACUCAAUAGCGGCCAAGAAAUACCGAUGGUACUGAAGUGUUGCGCGGAAUUUAUUGAAGAAUAUGGCAUUGUUGAUGGCAUCUAUCGACUUUCGGGCAUAACUUCGAACAUACAGAAGUUGCGACGCGCCUUCGACGAAGAACGCAUACCGGAUUUGGGUAAUCCUGAGAUGAAACAAGAUAUACAUGCCGUUAGUUCGCUAUUGAAAAUGUACUUCCGCGAAUUGCCAAACCCUUUGUGUACAUACCAGUUGUAUGAUAACUUCGUGGAGGCCAUACAGGAGAAGAGCGAGUCAACUGAGCGGUUGCGACUGAUGAAGGAAACGGUCUUGAAGUUGCCGCCACCGCAUUAUCGCACUCUCAAAUACUUGGCCGAGCAUUUGAACCGCAUCUCGCAGCACUCUGCGCGCACCAGCAUGACUGACAAGAAUCUCGCGAUUGUCUGGGCUCCCAAUUUACUUCGUUCACCGGCUCUCGAGUCUGGCGGAGUGGCCGCUUUGCGCGGCGUAGGCGUACAAGCCGUCGUCACUGAGUACCUGAUACGCAAUUGUCACAACAUAUUCGAUGCAUUCGAUGACACGAACGUGCGACUAAGUUACAUCGCCACUGCAGGCGCCACACCAGCCACCGAGACGCGGCUCGACUCGCUAACAGACUGCGAGAGUUUGCUGGUUGAACAGCGAGAGCAUGAUCAAUCGCUCAGCUACAUGGAGCGUCCCAAAAGUCUUAGCACCGGCGGCCCUAAACUAAUUAGUUUGGAGGAGGCUCAAGAGCGGCACUCACGCAUCGAUGGCAUCGAUAUGAAGUCUUCAAUGCCCAUCAAUAUGGUAGCCAGCAAUGCGGCCAAUAUUGGUUCAUAUAUCGAGGUUGGUGGUGGACCAUCCAGCCUGCCCGAUAAAUACCACACAGUGUUGUCGGUGCCACGUAGCUGGCAAAAGCGGAAAACGCACUCAUGGAAAUCGCUUUUCACGCGCAAUCAGCGGCCGAUUAGUAAUGGCGCCCACGACUCGAAGAUUAUUGGCGCUGCGGGCGCAGCUGGCGGUAGUGAUACGCCACCAGCGCGACACAAAGAUGGCAGCCAUGCGCAGGUCACCUUCGCUGAGGCAGACUUGAUUAUUACAAACUCGGGUAAGGUGGGGAAGGCUUUGCACAAGCAGGAGAAACCGAAAUCGAUUGAACUAUUUGAUACCAGCAUUAGGCGCGACGAAGUGGCAGGCAAGCCGAUGGAAGUGUGUGUGCGCUCGAACUCCAUAGAUAGUCUACGCACAGCGGGUCACUCGCGCUCAGUCUCGCACGAUUCCUACUUUGACCUGCUACAGUCGCCGCAGCGCGGACUCGUAACCACUUGCCCUUCGCGUGAACUCUCCGAAUUGGGUUUGAACUUCGAUCGCGAAGAGCCGGAAAUGCGCAUCUUCUCCGAGAGUGAAUCGUUGGUGAGCUCGCCGCGCGUCGGCAAGGAGAAUAUACCACCAUCGUCGGGCGCUGCUUCACGUCGCAUAAUGCGCGCGCGCCCCGAGGAAUUCUCCAGUCAAACCAAUAGCGUAAACCCGAGUCCAAAGAAGCAACCGCGUCUGAAUUUGCAUCUGUCGCCGAGCGCCGCUUCAGCGCUCGCGAACAACUGGGCUCAGCAGGGCGCUAGCGCAGCAGGCGUGUCAGCAAGCGGAAUGCUGGAUGCUGCCGGCAACGAGUUGGCUUGCCAGGAACAUCGCGCACAUCUCUCCAGCGACGAGAGCUGCUGCAAGCGCUACAAGUUGGAGGAUCAGUUAUCUGAUAUACAAUUCAUUGAUUGCGGCACGCCUGAGCACACCAUAGCCAAUUCACAGACGCUAUAUGCGAGCGUGCAAGUGCAUGCGCCACCCAAGUCAGCGCUGUCCAAAAGUUCACUGUAUAGUUCGACAGAGAGUGCCAACAAAUUGCAAGACGCCGUUAGCGCCAAGGCGGCGCAAUUCGAAAAGAAGUAUGGCAUUAGCACUAAGAGUGGUGAUAAGAAAACAUCUGCUGGCGCGGCAGCAGCCGCCGCAGCGGGUAGUAAUAUCAUUAGCACACGCUACAGCUAUCCCACAGUGCAAUUGGGCGCGAAGCGCAAGGAUCAAGAUUCAUUCAAAGAACGCUUCAGCUAUCCCGGCUCGGGGUUGAACAAUGAACGCCGCUUCUCGACAAAAGAUGCUGCAGCGCGUAUGCAAUUCGAGGAAGAGCUGUGCGCCAAACGUGAGCUCGAAAGCAUUACACAAGUACCUUAUGGCAGAAACACAAACUACAACAAUCAUACAUAUGCGCCCAAGAAUCUACCCGAAUUGUUGCGCUCGAAAAAUCGCAACAGCUACUGUAAUGCUAAUGCAACUGAGGCGCUGAAUUCGCUGUUAUUGCGCAACAGCGCCAAUGAAAUAACCAAAGAUGCCAAAUCAGAAAUGGAACGUUCUAAAAUUUCUGUUACCCCCUCCUCGCCCAUGCAAAGUCCACGCUACUCACUGUUGGUUGGCGAUACCAGUUCGGAAAAUAGCUCGGCGGUUAAUACGCCACAAUAUGAUUUGGAACCGUUAAUGGCUACCUCGGCAAUGUCUGGAUUGUCUGCACUGUCGGGCGUAUCUUCACUUCAUCAACAGCAGCAGCAGCCAUUGUUGUUGGGUGUGGACUCUGUCAGCUGUUUGGGCACCUCGCACGAGAGUCUCGGCAGCAGUAAUUUCACCUCACACUCGAACAUCACGAAUGCCUCGCAUCCAGAACGACGUGACAUGCACGCUCUUAAGCGAGAACUCUCACUCGAUUUACAACCGUUGAGCUCAAAAAUGACCAUCGAUAGCGUAGAUGCAAGUGGUAAUGGUGGCGCUGGACAUGCAUCAACGUUGCCCUACAAUAGACAGCGCGAAUUGGCACAGCAACUUAUACCUUCGCCUAACAACUCUAAUUUUACAGACAAUACUAGUCAGUCGGUGACACCCAGUGAAUUCGGCUAUCAGAACCUGCAACGUCAGUCCAGCAUGCAUUCGCUGAUUGAAACCGAGGCGGAAUCGCCAGCGUAUGAAGAAUACGAGAACACGCCCAGUAAUAUGGCUUCACCACUGCUGGGCGCGCACAAGCCGCCACCAAUAGGUGGACCAACGAGCCCGAUACGUGCUACGAUUAGCAUCACCUACAACAUGCGGAGUCCACGUGAAGAAUUGCCACCAACUAAAUCGUCUGUGGUAAUGCGCAAUAAGACGAAGACCAAGGGACCUUUGCUGGAGACAAGCUUUGAUGAGAACACAGUUUACGAGCAGGUGAAGUUCUUUCGAAAUUCGGUGACCGAGGUGAAUCAACUGCUGAGCGAUGAGCGCAAAAGCAGCAUGACGCUUGAGAGUCUGAAGGAGACCAAUGAAAAUGAGAUGCAAGAUUACAACGCCUAUGAAAAUAUGCCUCUACUGGGCGAUAAAAAAGACUACAAGAGAAACGCGGCUAUGAAGGACUGCGACCCCGAUGUGCAGAUGAGUGGAGAGUCAAAUAUUUUAGAUAGCCUGGAGGAACCAUCCGAAGGUGAAGAGGACGAACGCUUGCUGUACGAAAAUGUAGAAAUGCGCAAGCCAAAGAGCAUCUAUGAAAAUCUUUUGGGUGAAGAUUUAAAAAGCGCCGAAGAAAAAGCGAAACAAGAGGCCUCUGACAAGCUGGAGUUGGAUAGCCUUGACAGCGUAAAAACGGACACGGACGUGGCGGCGCUCACUACCGAGUCACUACGUGAGGAACUUGCCUGCGCAACUGCAAAAGAGCUAGAACUCGAGGCGCCGCAUAGCGCAGGUAUAAUUGAGAAUUCAGCCCGCAAGUCUCCAUCGAACUUCAGUGUCAAAGAGCUCGCUACAAAGUUCGAAAGUUCGCCCGUUGAGCAGCUGCCUGCCUUUGAUUUCAGCUUCCGCAGCUCGAUUAAAAAGCAUACAAGCGCAGUGGCCGAGUUGAAAGCCUCGCAAUCGAGUCUCACAUCGAAUGCUGAGCAGUCGGCAACAAAAGAUGUCGCAAAACCGAACCUCAAGCAAAAACUUACAAAAUCGCAACAAAUAACGCGCUCGUUAGAUGAAAACGCUUUCGUACGCGAAUUUGGCUCGAAGCAUCUGCAAGAGUUGAGCACUCGCAGCAGCCAACAGCUACCCGAACUGUCUGAGGUGUCCAAUCGCCGCAAGAGUUUCGACUUUACGCGCCCGAAAACACUAAAUCCGCCUAAGCGCUUGCCCGGCAUACCGAUCACCGAGGAGAUUUGUUUAUCGAAAAAUGAAAAGGCGCCUCCACCAGCAGCGCUCAAGCUGGAAAAGAGUCACAAUCAUGCAGCGGGCGAUGCAGGGCUGGAGAACGAUUAUGAAACAGCUGAGUUGAAAAUCACGCCAACCACAGAAAAUCGCAUUUCUCUCAUACAAAAUAAUGUGAGUUCCUCAACGCAGCAAACUGCAAACGCUGCAAAUGCUGCACACACCACCGCAUCAGCCCAUACUGCCAGCGCCAGCGAUUUGAGCAACUCAAAUUUGAAUCUCUCGACCACCAGCCUCAAAGUGUUAUCCGGCGUCAAACUGGACCGCGAGCGCAUUGACAAAAUCAAAGAGGAACGCCGUCAGCAGCUGACGCAAAAGUAUCGUGGUGAUGCGACAAAUUUCAAAUCGCGCUCCAAAACUGAUCUACACACUUCAUCACACAAAGAUGACGACAAAUUCAAUGCACCCGAAUCGUUGCGUGUCAAAUCAAAAUCCCGCGGCGAUAUGCGCGCUCUUCAGCAGGAGAAUGAAAAUGUUAAGGAUUUGCUGGGACGCGCACGCCUACUUGCUGGCUCGGAAAGCACUUUGCAUGCGCCACGCGUGCGUAGUAUUUCCGAUGAGAAAAAUCAAAAUUGUGAUGUUAAUACUACAACUGCGACAACAGCAACAUCGGCUAGCAAUAAUUGCAAUUCAAAUGCAAAUGCGUCCGCGAACGCUGUGUCCAAAGCAAAUGAAGCUGCUCAGACAACCAAUAUAAUAACAUCGUCGACGUCGUCGUCUGUGAAGAAGACUACCCCACAAGAGGAGUUUUCAGCGCGCGCCACUGUGCAAAAAUUCGAACGAAAGAGUUACGAAUUAGCUAACGGCACAGCAGGAGUGUUGGCUUCAAAUGUAGCAGCGCGCGAACGUAAUAGCAGGAGUGAGCUGAUGGGCAGUGGCAAUAAUGGAGCCAGUGGUGUGGGAAGUGUUGCGCCAUUGUCGACCAGCAGACAAAGUUUGACCUCAACGUAAGUAAAUUUGCUCUAAGCAUUUCUUUAAGCUAAAAAAAUA